UUGACAGGCCAUGCAGAGAAAGUUGGCAUUGAAAACUUUGAACUCCUGAAAGUUCUUGGAACAGGGGCCUAUGGAAAAGUGUUCCUAGUGAGGAAAGUAAGCGGCCACGAUGCUGGAAAGCUGUAUGCCAUGAAAGUACUGAAGAAAGCAACAAUAGUUCAAAAAGCCAAAACAACUGAGCACACAAGGACAGAACGACAAGUGUUGGAGCACAUCAGGCAAUCACCAUUUUUGGUCACAUUACAUUAUGCCUUUCAAACAGAUACAAAACUUCAUCUCAUUUUAGACUAUAUAAAUGGAGGAGAAUUGUUUACUCACCUUUCACACAGAGAGAGAUUCUCAGAAAAUGAGGUGCAAAUUUACAUUGGGGAAAUUGUUUUGGCACUUGAACAUCUCCACAAGUUGGGGAUUAUAUAUCGGGAUAUAAAACUCGAGAAUAUUCUCCUUGAUUCCGAUGGCCAUGUGGUGCUGACAGACUUUGGUCUGAGUAAGGAGUUUCUUACUGAUGAGAAUGAGAGAGCAUAUUCCUUCUGUGGAACAAUAGAAUACAUGGCUCCGGAUAUUGUAAGAGGAGGAGAUACAGGACAUGAUAAGGCUGUUGAUUGGUGGAGUGUUGGCGUUCUUAUGUAUGAAUUAUUAACUGGAGCAUCACCAUUUACAGUUGAUGGAGAGAAGAAUUCCCAAGCAGAGAUAUCUAGGAGAAUAUUAAAAAGUGAGCCACCUUAUCCACAAGAAAUGAGUGCACUGUCUAAGGAUAUAAUUCAGCGUCUUUUGAUGAAAGACCCCAAGAAGAGGCUAGGUUGUGGUCCCACUGAUGCUGAUGAAAUCAAACAGCAUCCCUUUUUCCAGAAUAUGAAUUGGGAUGAUUUAGCUGCCAAAAAAGUAUCAGCUCCAUUUAAACCGGUAAUCAGAGAUGAGUUGGAUGUCAGUAAUUUUGCAGAAGAGUUUACAGAAAUGGAUCCGACAUAUUCUCCUGCAGCAACCCCUCAGACUUCAGAAAGAAUAUUUCAGGGAUAUUCUUUCGUUGCGCCUUCUAUUUUGUUUAAACGCAAUGCAGCUACAGUAGAUCCUCUUCAGUUUUAUAUGGGGGAUGAGCGGCCUGGAACUACAACUAUUGCCAGAAGUGCUAUGAUGAAGGACUCUCCAUUUUAUCAUCAUUAUGAACUGGAUCUGAAAGAGAAACCAUUGGGAGAAGGAAGUUUUUCCAUUUGUCGAAAGUGCUUACACAAGAAAACUAGCCAAGAGUAUGCAGUAAAAAUAAUUAGCAAAAGAAUGGAAGCCAACACCCAGAGAGAAAUAACAGCUCUGAAACUCUGCGAAGGACACCCAAAUGUAGUGAAGUUACAUGAAGUUUAUCAUGACCAGCUUCACACGUUUCUAGUAAUGGAAUUGCUGAAGGGAGGAGAAUUGCUUGAACGUAUUCAGAAAAAGAAACAUUUCAGUGAGACUGAAGCCAGUCAUAUUAUGCGCAGACUUGUUUCAGCGGUGAGCCACAUGCAUGAUGUAGGAGUAGUCCAUAGAGAUCUGAAACCUGAGAAUUUAUUGUUUACAGAUGAAACUGAUAAUUCAGAAAUAAAAAUAAUUGAUUUUGGCUUUGCUCGUUUAAAACCACCUGAUAAUCAGCCUCUUAAGACUCCAUGCUUUACCCUUCAUUAUGCUGCCCCAGAGCUCUUGAAUCACAAUGGUUAUGACGAAUCUUGUGAUCUGUGGAGUUUGGGAGUCAUUUUGUACACAAUGCUGUCGGGACAGGUACCAUUUCAGUCUCAAGACAAAAGUUUAACGUGUACCAGUGCAUUGGAAAUUAUGAAGAAAAUAAAAAAGGGAGAAUUUUCCUUUGAAGGAGAAGCUUGGAAAAAUGUUUCUGAAGAGGCUAAAGAGUUAAUUCAAGGACUUCUAACGGUGGAUCCCAACAAAAGAAUUAAAAUGUCCAGCCUGAGAUACAACGAAUGGCUUCAGGAUGGCAGUCAGCUGUCAUCCAACCCUCUAAUGACUCCUGAUAACUUAGGCUCUUCAGGAGCUGCGGUGCACACGUAUGUCAAAGCCACUUUUCAUGCCUUUAACAAGUACAAAAGGGAAGGUUUUUGUCUCCAGAAUGUUGACAAGGCACCUCUUGCAAAGAGAAGGAAAAUGAAAAAAACAAGUACAAGCACAGAGACACGUAGCAGCUCCAGUGAAAGUUCACAUUCUUCUUCCUCUCAUUCUCAUGGUAAAACUACACCUACAAAGACACUGCAGCCAACAAACCCUACAGAUAGCAAUAACCCGGAAACCAUCUUCCAGUUCUCUGACUGAAAAGCAGAGAAUAUCCCGUCUUGAAGAUUUAAGUGGUUAUAGACUUGGUAGUACCUAUGUUGUCUUCUCCCACCCUUCCUCCAUGUGGCUUACAGGCUACAGGACUACGUCUGUCGCUUUACAAAUGUAUUUCAAUCAUAACUUUUUAGCUUUGUAUUUCAAUACAUUUCUUUUUAGCAUUAAGUUUGGUAUCACUGGAUAUAGUAUAAUACUAUUAUACAACCAACAUUGUAUUCUCUUAGGGCUAAAUUACUAGCGUGCAGUCAAGCUCAAGGUAAGGAGCUUUGCUGCUUGUGGUGCAGCUUCGAGGAAGACUGUUUCUCAGUGUCAGAAUCUUCCUCCCAGUUUCUUCCCCACUGUUCAAAAAAGGAAAGCUCUGUAACACCUGUAGAACUGUUGGAUCUUCUGCUUUUACCCAGCUCUGUGAAGAAUGUCACAGAAUUUGAUUCUUCAUGCAUGUAAGGAAUCGUUGGUACAAUGCACCAAAGCAGUAUAGUACUUUAAGGCCUUUUAAAUUUGUGGUUACAUUUAAUCCCAUUUAUUUGAAUUUUAAGAGCAAAAUGAACGGUUAUGGAACUCAUACGUUUUCUUUAAAGGUAACUCCAUAUAUCUUGUUCUAAACAACUGGUAAUGUAAGUCUUAGAUUAUUUUUUUUAUUUAUUUAAUUUUUAAAAAAACAUCUAGGGCAAAAGAUGUCUGAUAAGGUGAGGUGUCUAGUACUGUGAUACAAUAAUUUUUAUUUCUGCUUUUUGAAGUUGUUGACUUUUAAAAUGUUUUACAGAUUCUAAAAUGUAAUGCUAUAAGAGAAAGUGAAAUUUCAUAUUGAAUGCUUUGGAAAAUGGUCACAUGUUAAAAGAUCUAUUUCAAGAAUUAAUUAUAAUUUAUAUUUUCUUUUUGUAUUUACACAAUAACUUUAAAAUACUAAGAUUUUUUUAAAGAUGCAAAAACUCCAGUUUCAACAUUUGUUAUUAUAGGGUCCACACAAAAUAUAUACCAAGUUAUUUGAAUUUUGCAUUGUGCAAAUAUGGCAGUUAAAUAGUGAUUGUAAAAUAUUAGAAUAUAUUUUUUCUUUUUUGCACUUUAUAACAUCAAAAGGAGAUGUUUUAUAAUAAAGUGCACUCAGAUCUCUCUUCCUACAAGGUGCUGAGCACUGUUUUACUGGAUUGAGUGACCUGAAAUCCACCGUAUUUGGUGGUGUGGUCAUUGUGAAGGAGAAUUCUGUACAUUGCAGGAGUGAAUCCCUGUAUAUUACCCACUGUUUUCAUUCCUUACUUUUAACUGCAAAGCUCUUUCUAUCUUGCUUUUACAUUGUAUAUAACAAAUACUAGACCUGGGCACCUUGUGUAGUGUAGAUGUUAACAACUUAUGCACUGGGAAUACUAAAGGGAAAUUAUAUUGAACACUGUGCUUCACAACUUGUUCACUGUGGUGUUCUACAGUGAAGUAUUUCCUACUGUGAUAGUAUAGUAUGUACAUAACUGUUUGGAAUCAUAAAUGUGACUUACAGAAACAUCAGCAUAAACUUUUAAAUCAGUAUAUUUUAUAAAUUUAUGGAGAGCUCUUUUAUUGCUCGUAUUCUCAAUGACUACGGGUGACUUAAGUGCUAAACAUGACUCCAGUUUUGCAAAUGCUUACAUGUGUAAGUUUCCACUGAAGUCAGAGAGACUCCUUGUGUAAAGUUAAUCCUAUGCCUAAAUUUGUGUGAUGGAAGACUAAUUGACUAGGGAUUUUGUUAACAGCUUGCUCUAUCUUAAAGUAACCUUAAUCCAAACCCUAUGCAAAAAA